AUGGACUCCUACCAGGUUCUUGGGGGCCUUCGAAGCCAUUUUUCGCAAUCAAAAACGCAAAAACUGCUUAGCGGCACAAUGUGUCCGGACCAAGGGCCGCAGAUUGCCACCGUUGGUGACAAAAUUAUUAGUAAAAAGUCAUGGGAGUCUCUAUCUUCGACUUUCUCCAAUCUGGAGAUUUCCUUUUCCCAUGAUAGUUGCUAUGCUUCGGAUGAGGUCUCGACCACGUCGACAAACCCCACGACGGUGGAUGCAUCGGUCGUCUCAUCUACGCCCGCAACUGAGGUAGCCAGGCGCCAACCUCUGAAGCCAAUCUUGAAGAGACCUUUCGCUGAAAUCGAGGAAGAUGAAGAGUCGGAAUCUGGCUAUGCAUCCGAUCCAUCUGAACAUGAGUAUGAGUACGAUGCUCUGUCAGAUGAAGAUGAUGAUAUUUGUUACGUCACUGCCUGGGACGAAGAAGAAUCCGAGGCCUUUUCUGAAUACUACGGCGAAGAUGAUGCUUCAGAAGAUGAUGGAUCGUUCAUAUCGUUCGAAUCCAUGGUUCGGUUCGACACGAACGUGCUCUAUAUUGAUGCACCGUCAUCUUAUGAAGAUUCGACUUCCGGCCCUCAAAUGACCUGCCAUGAGAUGAUGGAGCUCGCCAAAGCAUCUGGCGACCUGCUUUCUCAUGGCGGUUUGCCUUCUGGCGAUUCGGAGGGCUAUGGUAAUUUCAAUGACUCCAUCGAAAGCUUGCCAGAGGAGCAUACUGAUGACAUCCUCGAUCUUGACAAACGCCUCUUUGUUGCUUACAUGAACGGAAUCGGCGGCCUGCCGAAUGCCGAUUACAAGGAACGGCUACGUGAUCUGGCCCACGAUAUCAAGAUUGGCCAAGCGAAGUCGCCGUAUUUGGAAGCGGAUAAUGCCAGUGGGGUGUACUUUGACCAUGCACUGAACCAUGUCAUUGGCACAUUCCGCAACAUCGUCACCAAAGAGGAGUUUGACGAGCUCGUCAAGCUCAGCAAACAGAAUGAAGCUUCCAAUCAAGAGUUGGACGUUAUCGAGCGUCCCAGCCAGGAAUUCUUGAAUAAAGUCGAGAGUCUGCUCUCAGAGAGGCUGGUCAGCAAUGUCGUCAACAUUGGCUCUGAGGAGCUCACCUUCUUCGCCGGGGGUGUUGCCUUUGCCAUCAAGAACUGGCAAUCCUAUCUGUCACGUUGA